AGAGGUAAUAACCACCACCGGAACGGAAGGGAAUCUUCAGCCGGAGAGUCGGAGACGAUGAUGGGUUCUCGCGAUCGCCUCGUCUCCCUCCUCUUCGCCUUACUCCUCGCGCGCGUCGCCGAGGCCGGGCCGACCGCCGCCGCCACCGCCGCUGGCAGCAGGUACCUGACCACGGACGAGCGGUGGAUGAAGCAGCGCCUCGACCACUUCUCCCCCACUGACUACCGGCGGUUCAAGCAGCGCUACUUCGAGUUCCUCGACUACCACCGCGCCCCAGGCGGGCCGAUCUUCCUGCGCAUCUGCGGCGAGUCCGCCUGCGGCGGCAUCCCCAACGACUACCUGGCCGUACUGGCCAAGAAGUUCGGCGCGGCGGUGGUGACGCCGGAGCACCGGUACUACGGCAAGAGCUCCCCGUUCAGGCGGCUGACCACCGGGAACCUGAGGUUCCUGUCGUCGAAGCAGGCCCUGUUCGACCUCGCCGUCUUCCGCCAGUACUACCAGGAAUCCUUGAAUGCUAGGUACAACCGCACGGGAUUUGACAAUCCUUGGUUCGUCAUCGGGGUCUCCUACUCCGGCGCUCUCAGCGCCUGGUUCAGGCUCAAGUUCCCCCACCUGACAUGUGGGAGCCUGGCGAGCUCAGGGGUGGUUCGUGCGGUGUACAACUACACUGACUUUGACAAGCAGGUUGGAGAGUCGGCUGGCCCUGAGUGCAAAGCUGCCCUUCAAGAAACGACUAGACUUGUUGAGCAACAGCUUCUGUCAGACAGCCGUUCGGUGAAGACCUUAUUUGGGGCACAGACGUUGAAAAAUGACGACUUCCUCUACUUACUGGCAGAUGCCGCAGCAGAAGCAUUCCAAUAUGGGCACCCUGAUGCUGUGUGCACUCCUCUAGUAAAUGCAAAGAAGAAUGGGAAAAACUUGGUGGACACAUUUGCUCAAAUUGUGAGAGUCUUUUAUGUCAAAGAAAUGGAGACACCGGUAUCUUCAUAUGAUCAGGAGUACCUGAAGAAAACAACUCCCGACGAUUCUAGUUCUAGACUCUGGUGGUUCCAAGUUUGUAGUGAGGUUGCCUACUUCCAAGUCGCGCCCGAAACUGAUAGUGUUCGUUCCGCAAGAAUCAAUGCAAGGUACCAUCUGGACCUAUGUAGAAAUGUUUUUGGGGAAGGCGUUUAUCCUGAUGUGGUCAUGACGAACUUGUAUUACGGAGGCACAAGAAUUGCUGUAUGCGCAGCUUCUAAAAUUGUGUUUACCAACGGUUCACAAGAUCCAUGGCGCCAUGCCUCUAAGCAGCAGUCAUCGAAAGACAUGCCAUCAUACUUGAUCAAAUGCAGAAAUUGCGGACAUGGCACUGAUCUGAGAGGUUGCCCUCAGAGUCCUUUCAGGAUUGAAGGGGACUCUUCCAACUGCUCAUCCCCAGCAGCUGUGAAUACAGUGAGGGACCAGAUCGCCGGGCACAUUGACCUGUGGCUAUCGCAAUGCCAGAUUUCCAAGAACCAGCAGUGUCAGGUCAUGGCCUCAUGGGGCUCCAACAAUUCUAGUGACUUUAUGGGUGUGGUAACGGCGAGCUACAGUUUGUUCGGUUGGGGAGUAAAUGGAGAUCUGCAGAUCCUACGGUAAGAUGGCGCGGAUCCUGGUCGCCGAAGGGCAGCUACGCAGGAUUCAGGGCUCUUUCUGUUUGAAUCGUGAGUGGAGUUGCAGCUGUACUGCGGCUCGAGUUAAACAGGAGGCGCGGUGCUGUUGCUACGAUGGUACUCCUCUCGGCCUUUACGUGCAGCGCGGCAAGGACAGUUACCGUGGGUGCGUGAUUUUUUUUCCUUCUUCUUCUUCUACAUACAAACAUAAGUACACAAGCCACAUUCUCGCAUACAUACAUGCACUCGUAUUCUAUCUCUACGAGCGCAUUCGAAAGGUUGCGUCGGCAAAUCUUGAGAUUGACAAAGUCUCCAUAGAAAUCUCGUUUGUCAAGGUACAUGUCAGCAAUCGAAUAAUCAGAUGAUGUGUUCAUCGAUAAUGAAACUUAUGUGGUGACUUAGUUAAUCUCAAAAUUUUCCGAGCCA